AUGGAAAACGGCCUGAAAGUCAGCUGCGAGGUUCCCGAUGAAAUUCCAGCGCCGGGUAUCAAGCGAGGGAUGGCGAUUUGGAACCACCCUGAUCAGGCUGAAUUUGUUCGUCAAUACAACACUCCUCAUAAAAAUCCGGAAAAUCCGACGAUCGGAUGGAUCAAAUUCGGAGCGCUGAGCCAUGUUUGGUGGUCGUUUCAAAACGAAGGGGAUGAAGAGCUUUUGGCGGAGAAUAUGCAUGUCUGGCCGAUCAUGAGCUAUCCGAGAUGUAGGCAGGAUACUGACACGAGAUAUGGAGAUGGAACUUGUGAUCAGGAAACUUGCGGUAGUGUUCCAUGGGGAGAGAAUACUUGCACUCAUCCGAAAUAUUAUUUCCCAAGAAACAAUGAGGUUCUGAAAACCGGCGAAAAGUGGAUGGGCUACUUGAAUGAGCCAUACGGAGAUAACCAAGCGAAUCUCACCGUCCCCAACGCCCGUGCCCUUUGGCCUUCCUUCUGGAAACGAGUGGAAGAACAUGCUGGCAAUCACAACGUCUCGACCGACGAGAUCAAGAUUGUUGGCCCUUCGAUCGCUUCAAAAGAUGGCGCGAUGCGUUGGGGAGAGGAUUUCUAUUUCAACUUGCCGGAAAACAUCAGAAUUGAUGCUCUCAAUGUCCAUGAGUAUAAUAUCAACGGAGGACAACAGGGAGUUCACUGCAAUUGCGAGCCAAAGUUGCUUAGAGACACCCUUAGUCAUUACAAGGCUAAAUUCGGCUACCCUGUUUGGCUAGUCGAAUUCAAUUGCGGAAACGGCUGGUGGGACUGUCCAAACGAGCAGCAUCACGAAUACAUGAAACAGACGCUUCCGAUGCUUGAAGAAAUGCCCUGGGUUGUUCGAUACAACUGGAUGGCUUCCUUGACCGAGACUCAAUUUGGCGCUCUCAAUAGCAACGUUGCGCCUUAUCCGCUCAAUGAGCUUGGAGAAACUUACAAUAGCUUCGUUUGGAACAGGACCAAUACUCACAAUCCUCAAUGGGGUGACAACGCUGGAGUUUGUAAAAAACGAUGCAACUGA